GUGAAAGUGUUUUCAGGUAGCGGGUAAAAGUGAAACUGGCGUGUCCGGCGCUGUGGUAACCCCCAUGUGGAGCCCUCCGCAGCUGAGGUAGAGAUUCGAACUCGCGGUUUGGGACCUCGCAGGCUGACAAUGCCAAUGAGCCACCCGUGCCGGAGUUGCUGUGUUUGUGCGUGUUCUACGGAGUGUCGUCGCGGCAUGCUGCCGUGUUGGGCGGCGUGAGGCCCGCCCGGGACCCGGGGAUGUUUGCGGCGCUACUGGUGGUGAUGCUGUCCGGCCUCGGGGCGGCAGGCAGCCGGCUGGGAGCCAUGCUAGAGCCCAUCUACUGGAAUUCUUCAAACCCUCUAUUGUCCGGAUGGGGGUACUCCAUUACAGUCGAGCUGGAUGAUAAAGUGGACAUCGUCUGUCCCAGGGUCUUCAACCGUAGCAGACAGGACCCACAAUAUAAUACACUGUACCAGGUACAGGAGGACGGUUACGUGCACUGUGAUGCGUCCCAGGGGAAGAUGUUACUGAGAUGUGACAAACCGUUUCAGGACAACAGGUUCACCAUGCUGUUCCAGGAGUUCAGCCCCUCCCCCUUCGGUCUGGAGUUCAAACCAGGAAGGGACUACUACUACAUAUCAACCUCUACAUCAGAGCUGGGAGGUCUGGACAACAAAGUGGGAGGAAACUGUCGCAACGGCAUGAGACUCAAGAUUACAGUGAAUCAACAAACAAACAUCAUUCCCCCAGUGGAGAAUACGUCAGAGUCCAGUCACUAUGUGGUGGACCUCACACCCAACUCCAUACCCAGAGAAGACACACCAGAUCCUGGUGGAGGGGGGAGCAGCACCCAGGCUAACAGGCCAACUGAUGAGCUUCUGCGUCCGCCUGAUGCCAACGCUGGGACAAGAUUAAGACUAGACGUGACCGCGGCGGCCAUUUUCACCAGUCUCCAACUUAUUUUCUGCUUAUAGUCAAGUUCCAAAAUGUGAAUAGUUUAUUCAAACAAUGUAUUCAAGCUUCUAAAAGGUCCUCAAAGGACAUUCGAAAUGGCUUUGUAUGUAGGAAGCCAUUCAAGCUAUGAUUAAGAAUUAAGCUUUUCAUGUGGUGUCUUAUGAAAGAAAAUUUUUUUCUUCACUUUUAAAAGAAGUAUAAACCUGGCAGUGAGCUUAGCGCAGGCAAAAAACGUGCCAAUUUGUUGUAUAUUGACAAAAUUGUGAAAAUACUUACA